UACCGAUAAUUUUUUCUCCUUUCCAUCCUCUUGAAAAACAAAAACGUAAACGUUGCUUCAUCAAUGGCUCAUUUUUGGAACCAAACAAAUGCUCUGUUCCGCAAGAAUCUCAUAUAUCACAGGCGGCAUGCGAGGUCACACUUGAAGGUGAUUUUGUUUCCAGCAAUUCUGUUUAUACUUCUAGGGUCUUUUCAAAGCUACUCCAACAAGACAGACAGACUGAAAAAAGACCCCAUAAUUCAACUUGAAUGGCCUCCUUUAUUGCAAAUUCCUUCUCCUCAAUUUCGGGCGGUGAUGACUGAUUCAAUGCCGUUUUCUGGACUGCCUGAUGCAUCUUGCAGAGGAACUGGUUCAUGCCCAGUAACUGUACUUAUCACAGGGAACAACAGAACCAUUGGAGAAAGUGUGGCUGGGAAGAUGUUCAUAGAUUCUCCAGAACCAAAUUCAACAAGUGAUUACCGGACUAUUGCUGAUGGCGUUUUCGGGACAGACGCUGGCGAUGAUAGGCUGGAUAGCAGCUUACUCUAUCAUGUUCGACCUCAAUGUUCUGCUUCGCCCUUCAAAAACUCCACAUCAGAAACUGAUGUCAUAUGUGUGGAAGGUUUAAAUUUGUGGCGCAACAGCUCUGCUGAGAUUAACGAUGAGCUAUUCAAAGGAUACAGAGAAGGAAAUACACAGGGGAUACUAAACGAAAUUUUGGCAGCUUAUGAUUUCUUGGAUACAAGUGGAGAGAAUUUCAAUGUCAACAUUCAAUUCAAUUCUACUUAUGGGUCCAAUCUUUUCAAUCAUGAACCUGAAUUGUUGAGAAUACCGCGUUCUGAGAACAUGGUAACAAAUGCUUAUCUCCAAUUUUUACGUGGUUCCUCUACAAAGAUGGUUCUAGAUUUUGUUGCUGAGAUGCCAGUUCCUGGCGGCUACAUGAGGCCAAGCGACCUAUCUACCUUUCUCAAUAUUGUCUUCUAUACAUGGGUCAUUCUACAAGUAUUUCCGGUUAUAUUAUCAUCUCUGGUUUAUGAGAAGCAAAGGAAGUUAAGGAUCAUGAUGAAGAUGCAUGGCCUUGGGGAUGUUCCUUAUUGGAUGAUUACUUAUGCGUAUUUUCUUGUCAUUUCUUUAAUCUACAUGUCCUGUUACUUUGGAUUUGGUGUAUUGACAGGGUUAACAAUUUUCAAGCUGAAUUCAUACAGUGUCCAGUGCAUCUUUUACUUUGUCUUCACAAACUUGCAAAUAUCUAUGGCCUUUCUAUUAGCUGCAGUAUUUUCAAAUCUGAAGACUGCCGCAGUUGUUGCCUAUACAAUUGUCUUUGGGACGGGUAUCCUGGGUUUUCUCCUGUUCCAGUCCCUAGUUGAUGAUGCAUCAUUUCCUCGUGGUUGGGUAAUUUUCAUGGAAUUAUACCCUGGCUUCUCUCUGUAUCGUGGGUUAUAUGAGCUGUCCCAGUAUGCACGAGGGGGAUAUAUGGUAGGGACUUCUGGGAUGUUCUGGGAGUAUCUUAGUAACAGCAAUAAUGGCAUGAGAGAGGUUCUGAUUAUCAUGUCAAUUGAAUGGGUGGUAUUUCUGAUUGUUUCCUAUUACUUGGAUCAAGUUAUAUCAUCUGGAAGUGGAAACCGUCGGAGUCUUUUGUUCUUCUUGCCAAAUUCUCAAAGGAAGGAUUUAACGUCACUGGAGAAAUCUUCUUUUCAGAGCGCAGAAUCAAGUGUUCAAAUUGAAAACAGUGAUGUUUCCGAAGAGAGAGAGAAGGUUGAACAGUUGCUAGAAAAGCCACAUUUGAAUUAUUCUGCCAUUUGCCACAACCUCAAAAAGAUGUAUCCAGGAAAGGACGGGAACCCCGAUAAACUUGCAGUUAAAGGAGUAACUCUCGCCUUACCGCGCGGGGAAUGCUUUGGCAUGCUUGGUCCAAAUGGUGCAGGAAAAACUACUUUUAUUAGCAUGAUGACUGGGCUCUUGAAGCCAAGCUCUGGGAGUGCGUAUGUUGAGGGUCUAAAUUUGCAGACUCAAAUGAACGAAAUAUAUGGUAGCAUGGGUGUGUGUCCACAACAUGACUUGCUCUGGGAUACCCUAACAGGAAGGGAACACUUACUCUUUUAUGGAAGACUGAAAAAUCUCAAGGGUGCUGCUUUAAGCGAAGCGGUGGAGAACUCUCUAAAAAGCUUCAAUCUUUUCCAAGGAGGAGUUGCUGACAGAUUAGCAAAAAAAUAUAGUGGAGGUAUGAGGAGAAGACUCAGUGUAGCCAUUUCAUUGAUUGGGGACCCGAAAGUUGUCUAUAUGGAUGAGCCAAGCACUGGACUUGAUCCUGCUUCACGGAAAAUGUUGUGGGAUGUCGUGAAGCAUGCAAAGAAAGAUAGAGCAAUCAUUCUCACUACACACUCGAUGGACGAGGCAGAAUAUCUUUGCGAUAGGAUAGGUAUCUUUGUGGACGGAAACUUUCAGUGCUUGGGAACCUCAGAUGAGUUAAAAGCUAGGUAUGGGGGAUGCUACAUAUUCACCAUGACUACAUCACCAGAAAAUGGGUGUAAAGUGGAAGACUUGGUGAAACGCCUAUCUCCAAAUGCGAAGAAAACAUACCAUUUAUAUGGCACUCAGAAAUUUGAGCUUCCAAAAGAUGAGGUGAAACUUUCAGAUGUGUUCCUAACGGUUAGACAAGCAAAGGAGAGAUUUCCAGUUCAGUCUUGGGGUUUGGCUGACACAACGCUGGAGGACGUCUUCAUCAAGGUGGCAACUGAGCACAGUGAAUCACUUCACUAAUAAUCUUUUAGUGUAUGCUGUUAUACAGACUACAGUAGCUGGGUUUCAUCUGGUUGUAGAAUCCUUCAUUCUCUUGCUUGUAAGAUGUCAUUUUAUAGACAAGAAGGAUUGUUGAUUUAUCUCAGUGAAUUGCUCCA